AUGAUGGCUACGACCGCCGCUAAUUCUGGUUCAGCGAUCCCUCGCUACUCCAUUGAUUCCUCAAUGUCGCGAUCACGUUCCGAUUCCCCUCCCUGGAUGCCCGACAAGGACAAUGCCGGUGACAAGAAGCCCGUCUGGAACAAGCCUUCUACUAGCUCCUCCGAGGUCGGCCCUGUCAUGGGUGCCGCAUCCUGGCCUGCUCUCUCUCUUUCUUCUUCCAACAACAAGUCUUUCGAAUCUUCCACACUUUCAUCUCCCAAGGCUCCUCUCAGUUCUACUCCCGAUGCCAAUGCUGGCUCGAGUGCUGCUACUGGUCAAAGGAAACCUUUUAAACGGAAUAACACCACUUCAUCAUCAUCUUCCACUAGUAACAUCUCCAACACCAGAGAUCAGAAUCACACCCAAAGGGGUGGCGGUGGCUCAGGACCUGCUACUCAGAACCGUCAUUCCAAUAGGAAUCAUCGCAACACCAACUCUUACCCUCGUAAUGACCAUGGCCACAGGCGCAAUUAUGAGCAGAGUGGCUUUCCUCCUCACCGCAACUUUAAUGGGAGGGACAUGCACUUGAGAGGUUUUGGGAUGAUCAGACCAAUGGGGCCACCAUCUUUUCAUAUGGCAGUGCCUCAAAUAGGUGGCCCCAUGCUCUACCCAGAUUAUGCGCCGCACAUCUUAAUGGCCCCUCAUCCACCUCCAGAGUCGAUGGCUUUAGUUGGACACUUCCCACCUCUGCCAAUGUAUUUGCCUAGUAUUGAUGCCAUGUUGUACAAUAGGAUAUUGACACAAGUAGAAUAUUAUUUCAGCGCUGAUAACUUAAGCUCAGAUACACACUUGCGGGAUCAGAUGAAUGAUGAAGGUUGGGUUCCUGUUAGAGUGAUCGCAGGGUUCAGGAGACUUAGGGAAAUGACCGACGACAUCCAGACCAUAUUGGAGGCGCUGAGAAGCUCAGAAGUUGUGGAAAUUAAGGGUGAAUCAAUAAGGAGGCGAGGAGAUUGGGACAAGUAUUUAAUGCCUCGUGAGGGCUCAAGCUCUCGUCCAGCAGCGGGGGCUAGCAACAAUGCCUCAGUGGGAUCUCAACUUGAGAGGAUGACGCUAUCAGAGAGCAGAGAGUAA